AUGGCGAACCACAUCGUGCUUCCUCCUCAAAAGCUUCUGAAGUGUCCGCCGUCGGUCCGCGAUGGCCUCUCGCCGGAAGUUGAGAGGGAGCAGCGCGUCUAUGGCUGCCACCUCAUUCAGAAGGCCGGCAUCCUCCUCAAGCUCGAAGCUGUGUCCAUCGCCAGCGCGCAAACGAUUCUGCAUCGCUUCUUCUUCCGCCGCUCACUGAAGCAGUUCGACGUCAGGCGCGUCGCGACAGCCGCUUUGCUACUCGCGUGCAAGUUGGAAGAAGAUCCGCAUCGCGUUUUGCAUCUUGUUGGAGUGAUCCAUCUCCUCUCUCAACUCGAGGAUAACCCCGAGAAGGCUCUUUCCGAAGAUAAUCUCGAUGAGUUCCUCGUUGCGUCGGACUCUCAGGAAUACGAACUCUUCCGGAUGGACGUUUUUCGGUGCGAGCGGUACAUUCUGAGAGAGCUCGGCUUCAUGGUUUCCCAGACGCUCGUGCACCCGCACCGUUACAUUUUGCAGUAUAUCCACGCCCUUUUCAAAGGCAACUUCGUCCCCACCAGCCAGCUGUCGCAGCGCGCCUGGGGUUACCUCAACGACAGCAUGCGCACGACGCUCUGCUGCGAAGUCCAGCCGGCGGUGAUUGCCGUCGGAAGCAUCUUCCUGGCCGCGUGCGACCUGGGCAUUCCGCUGCCGCAAGAGACAGGUUGGCACGAUCUCUUUGACGUCUCCUGGGAGGACGUGACCAAAGUCUGCGACGCGAUUCUCUCGCUGUAUACGCGCCCGCUGCCCUCCUACGUGAAGCUCGCCGAGGAGCCGCUGAAGCCCUCCAAGCCAAGCCCCGUGGCGCACGCGCGGCCGUCUGCAAAACAAACUGCAGACGCGUCCGCCGCGAGUGCGGGUGCUCCGGCCGGUAGCACUGAGAAGGCCCUCGAGGGAGGCGAGCCCGCCCACGCUGACGGAGAGCUGAAAAACCACGGAGAAGGCCACGUGAAAAGUGAAGACGGCGGCCCAGCCGGGGGGACAGCUGAGGAGCGAGUGGCAAAGCCCAAGCAGAGUCAAGCAGAUGUAACGGACAAGUCGGAGCGCCAUGAGCACGCGAGCGACCGCGAGCCAGAGGCAAAGGGCCGAGAUCCCGCGGAGGGUAGCCAUGGCAACAGCGAGGAGCGCUCGGCGUCAGGAGCUUCAGGGUCGCAGGGCACUUCUGGGUUCUUCGCUGCCGUCUCGCGAGGCCCAGCUGCCUCUUCGGCUGACCGCUACCUGUUCUUCGGAAGCCUGGGCAACAACAAUGACGACAGCACCACGAGAGCGAAAGGCGGCAGCCGGGACGAGGACGCAGCGUCCUCCAAGAAAUCCGAUAGGAAAGAUCACGGUGAGGACAUUCUCCAGGGGGGUUGGAUGAGAGGCGCGUCCGAAAAGGAAGGAAACGUGCGCGCACACGUCGCCGCGGUUUGUGCGUACGCAGGGGGUAGUCGUCGCAAUCGAGCGCUCACCGGUCGUCGCCAGAGCGAGGCUCCUCGGGGCGCGGCGAAGGAAGCUCACGGCAUCGCGAGCGGCCCCACAGCAGACGCGAAGACAGCAACGGGCGAGACCGAUGGGGGGAGCGAGAACGUGGAGGCGGGCGCGAGAAUGGCAGUCGCCGUGGACAUGGGUCGGCGGACGGGCCUUCAGGGUUUUCGCAUGCGGCGGCGCGGGAUUCAGACCAUCGUGGUCACUCCUCGUCGUCGCGUCGCAGAGACGGCGGGUCGAGCCACGCUGGAGGAGACGCCUCUUCGCACUCAAGCAGCCAAAAAAGACGCCGAUCGCACUCGCAGUCUAGGGAGAGGACGCCGCGGCAGUUCAACCGGCCGAACCCUCCAGCUCCACACGGGCUGUCGUCUGGCGGAGGCUUCAGCCGAAGCGGGCCGCACCGAUCCGACAGAGAGGACGGAAGGGGCAGCCACCACCGCGAUCGGGAAGGCGGUAGAUGCCCAGGGAGUCGAUUUUAAAAACGGCUCAGUCUGUGACAACGCGCCUCUCUGCGUCCAUUUCUUUGCGUUUGGCGUCUCCUCCGGCAGGCGGCCGUCCACCUAG